UUUAAAUAUGAAGUACACCCUUGUCUCGGUCCCUGCACUGGGAAACAAGCAAAAUACGUUCUCUAACCUUAAAAGCAAGCUUGCUGACUAUGCCGACACUCAUCAGCUCUUGAUUCCCGAGUUCAAGAUUGGCACCCUCGAUGGCCUUGUCUUACUAUCAGACGACCUAGUCAAGUUUGACGCCGUGUUUGAACAAGCGACCAACAAGAUUGCAGAUAUCUUGAGCAUCCUUGUCAAGGACCAAAAGGUCAAUGUACAAGAUUUCCUUCUUGUUAAUGACAAGACAAUUGAUCAAUAUAUCAGUUCUUUCCAAUGGAAUAGCAUGAAGUAUCGCACUGACAAAUCUUUGCAGGAGACCACCACUCUUCUCAACCAGGAAGUUGCUUCGAUUGAUAAUGUGAUGAAGACCAAGAUGAACACUUAUACCCUCAACAAGAAUGCUCUUUUGACCCUUCAGCGCAAGCAGACUGGUAAUUUGUCUGUCAAGAGCUUAAACGGUAUUGUAAAGAAGCAGCAUUGUAUCCUCAACUCUGAAUAUAUCACCACCCUUAUUGUUGCUGUUCCAAGACAGCUGUACAAAUUGUGGAACAACAGCUACGAGACUUUGGCUCCAAUGGUCGUCCCACGCUCGUCUGUUAAGAUUGCUGAAGACGACGAGUUUGGUCUCUUUACUGUUACUGUUUUCCAGCGUGCAGCUGAAGAUUUUGCGCAAAAGGCACGUGAGGAACGUUUCAUCGUUCGUGACUUCAAGUACGAUGAGGAUGCUCUUAAACAACAGCAGGGUGAACUCGAAGAGUCCAAGAUCACUGUUAAUGAACAACAAGCCGAGUUGGUCCGUUUAGCACGCACCAAUUUCGGAGAAGUUUUUGGUGCUUGGGUUCACCUCAAAGCACUGCGCAUCUUUGUGGAAUCUGUACUUCGCUAUGGCCUACCCCCAGAUUUUACUGCUGUCUCCAUCUUGGCUUUACCAAAGUAUGAGAAGAAGGUAGAUGAAGUCCUGGUAGCUCAGUACGGCCGUCUGGGCGGUGUACAUGGUCAGACAUCCAAAGCUCAGGCAGAGAGUGAGGAUAUAUUGGAUCACGACCUUCAGACUAUGAACGACAACAACUACAGACCAUAUGUUCAGUUUGAACUCUUGUUCGACUUGGAGCGUAGACAAUAAGAAAUUUGUGGAUUAUCUAUCUAUCUCUUUGUCUUUACCUUGACAUCCUAAAGGGACUUUAUAUUCUGCAAAAAACCAAGUUACUUUGAAAUGUUCAUUGUAAAGAUGUAGAUAUAAAAUAUUAAAAAAAAAAACAAACCCCCCCAACAGCACCACAAAUACC